AUGGCCGCUCCGUAUGAGCUCAUCUAUUAUACGGGAGUUCCGGGACGUGGAGAACAUGUCCGUCUGAUCCUAGAGGAAGCUGGCGCACCCUAUACGGAUACUAGACCCCUUCCGAUGGAUAAAUGUCGGGAGAUUGUCACGCAUUACCUCUCCGGUGAGGAGCAAGGAAACCCACCAUACUAUGCUCCUCCUCUGUUCAAACAUGGUGAUCUUCUCAUUUCUCAAACCAGCAAUAUCCUCAUGUACCUCGGCCCUAAGCUUGGACUCGCUGGAUCGAGAGAAAAUGACAUUUAUCGAGUGAAUGCUCUCGCUCUUACUGCGCUCGACGGCUUGAGCAACGAAGUUCAUGACUGCCAUCAUCCCAUUGUUUCCGAACUGUACUAUGAAGACCAGAAAGAGGAAAGCCUAAGGCGCAGUAAGGAAUGGGUCAAGCAUCGACUACCCAAGCAUCUUGGGUACUGGGAAAAGGUGCUCAAGAGCGAAGACCGCGGGCAAGGUCCCUGGUUAUUGAGAAGCACGUUCACAUAUGCUGACCUAGUCUUAUUCCAGGCAAGUUCCCCCAUUACCGUAUCUACUUGUCGUCCAUGCCUUGAUGGUGUCCAGUUUGCCUUUCCCAAGGCAAUGAAGCAAGCAAGAGAGUCCGGUAAAUAUGACAGUGUCUUCCAGCUGUGGAAGGAUGUCAAGGCUCGACCAAACAUAGCUGCGUACCUAGAUAGCGAUAGACGGCAGAAGUAUGAUUGGGGAAUCUAUCGGUACUAUCCCGAUAAUGAUGUACUUCCUGAGUGA